AGUUUAGAACACCUUAGAAUCAUGAUAAUAUUUGGAGAUAGGUACAUAAAACUGCAAUUGAUUUAAAUUAACAGGUAAUUGAUUGCCUAAAUUUACUAUUACGCUAUAUGUCUGGUAUUGAACACGCAACAAAAUGUUAAAACAUUCACUGGUAUUUUUUACUUUUAUUGUAAGUACUGCGUUUUCAAAGAGACCCAAUGUAUUGUUUAUUGUGGCGGAUGACUUAAGACCUAGUUUGAAAUCUUAUGGGGAUAAAGAGGCUUAUACACCACAUAUCGAUAAGUUUGCGGCCAAUAGUUUUAUAUUUAAAAACGCAUUUGCCCAGCAAGCUUUAUGUGCACCAAGCAGAAAUUCUCUCUUAACCAGUAGAAGGCCGGACAGCCUUCAUCUAUACGAUUUUUAUAGUUACUGGAGACAUACUGUUGGAAAUUUUACUACACUACCUCAACAUUUUAAAGAAAAUGGAUAUUAUACUCAUUCAGUCGGAAAAAUUUUUCAUCCAGGAAAGUCAUCCAAUUUUACCGACGAUUUUCCACACAGCUGGAGUACGAAAACAUUUCAUCCCAAAACCGAGGCUUAUAUUAACGCCAAAGUAUGUAUUGGUAAAGAUGGAGUGCGCCACAUGAAUCUAAUUUGCCCAGUAAUACCAACUUACCAACCAGGCGGGACUCUACCAGAUAUGGAAUCAUUUGCAGAAGCCCUUCGAUUUCUAAAAUAUAAAGAUCAGAUUACUGGUAACAAACCGUAUUUUCUAGCGGUUGGAUUUCAUAAGCCUCAUAUUCCUUUAAAAUUUCCACGUUGGUAUCUUAAAUACCAUCCGAUCGAUAAUGUAUCACUUCCGACUAACAGAUGGCGACCAACAUCUUUACCUACUGUAGCUUGGAACCCAUGGACAGAUAUAAGAAGAAGAGAUGAUAUAAGGCAACUGAACGUAUCAUUCCCUUUUGGACCCAUGCCUGAUGAUAUCAUAAAAGAAAUUAAGCAAGCCUAUUAUGCUUCAGUGACAUAUAUUGACGAUUUAAUUGGAAACUUAGUGUCAUAUGCAGAUAAAGACACCAUUGUGGUGUUGACUUCAGAUCAUGGUUGGUCAAUUGGAGAACACGGAGAGUUUGCUAAAUACAGCAACUUCGAUGUAGCGACCAGAGUUCCUCUAUUAAUUCGUGUUCCCGGACUUUCGACAACUAAGGUAAUAGUUGAAAAGCCUGUUGAGUUAGUAGAUAUAUUUCCUACACUUGUGGACUUAACUCAAGUGUCUAGUCCACUAAAGACAUGUCCAGAAAAAGCAUCCGAAAUGUUGUGUACUGAAGGCAAAAGUUUAGUACCCUUCAUGGUCAAGAAAAAAGGAUAUAAGCUACUACCAUCAUUAUCUGCGUUUAGUCAAUAUCCUAGGCCAGGUCCGUUUCCAACGAAUGUUCCCAACAGUGACCAACCAAAACUUAAAGAUAUCAAAAUAAUGGGAUAUUCUCUCAGGACCGAGCAAUAUAGAUAUACCGAAUGGGUAGAUUUUUCCAAAGAAACAUUCAAACCCGACUGGAAUACUGUUUAUGGUAGGGAGUUAUACGAUCAUGCUAUGGAUGCUUUUGAAAAUUACAAUCUGGUAGAUAGAGAUGAACUUAAAAAUGUUUCAAAGUAUCUAAGAAAUAAGUUAAUAUUAGGUUGGAGACAUGUAUAAUUAUUAUGUCAAAUAUAUUUUUAAACGUUUUUG